UCACUGGCGCACAUCUCCCCAUACUUCUCUAAUUUGACUUUCUCAGCUGAAGUGAAAGAUACUAGAUGGAGGUGAUUGACAAUGCUCUUUAUUCUGCACUAGAAUUGUCUACUGCACCCCAAGCCCAGAAUGACUACAGACCACAGCAAAAAACUUCUUCUUCCAGGUGCUCUUUCUCUCGUCGUAUGAUAAUAGCUUCGGGGCUUCUGAGUGCCGUUCUUUUGAGUGUGCUGCUAUGCAUAUGGAUCCUGUGCCGGAGUUCCAAGCACACCACUUAUGCCAGCUGUCAUUGCUGCCCAGACUUCUGGAUGGGGUAUGGUGACCAUUGUUAUUACUUCUCAAUGAAGAAAAAGAACUGGAAUUCUAGUCUGGAAUUCUGCCUAGCCAAAGGCUCACAACUCCUUAUGUUUACAGACAACCAGGAAAUGAACCUGCUCAAAAGUUUCUUGGAUGAAGGCUUUUACUGGAUUGGUCUAAGGAACAAUUCUGGCUGGAGGUGGGAAGAUGGAUCAGUCUUAAACUUCUCAAGGGUUAUUUCAAACAGCUUGGUACAGAAGUGUGUUGCCAUUGGCAAAGAUGGUCUCCAGGCCUCUAGCUGUGAAGUUCCUUUACAAUGGGCCUGUAAGAAGGUCAGACUUUGAUAGACUGUCAGAUCUGUCACUAAAAGGAGGGAGCCACCUCUGGGAUACUCAUGGAUAGCCAUGAGUGUAUAUUUAGUGAAUGCUGAACCUUCCAGGAUAUCCCACUAGAUGUAAGAUUAAUGUAGCUUCCUAGGAUUAAUAGUUUAUUGCUAUGUGCUCUUUGAGAGUAGUUAGAUAUUAUCUUAACAAAUGCAUAAAGUUUGUUUUUAAUAUUUCUCAUUCAAGUGACUAAUGCUGCCUCCUUCAUCUCCACAUCCAUCCUUUUGUCAAAAAUUUAUCUUUUUUAUGUUAUUUUCUGAGCUGAUGAAAUCUGUGCAAAUAUGUACUAUAGCUAAUGUUCUAGAGAAUUUUUAUGUGUGCUAGUGGGUUGACAUGUUACUUUUUCCCUGGUAAUAUAUUUUUAUGUCAAGAGUGGCCUUGUGCAGAUAAAGCUUUAUUCUAAAGAAUGAUGCUAAAGAAGAAUGAGAGCAGGGUGGGGCUUUCUUCACACUUACUUAAAGUCCCAGCCUUGACCUAAUUUAGUUUUGUUGAGUAUGCAUAAACCAGUAUGUGACUAUAUUUUCUGUGCUAUAAACAUAUGAUUUGUAUGUUAAUUUACCACAGUGGUCUAUAUGAUAAAACAUUCUUAUAGAAGAAAAUUUAUAGAUAGAAGCAGUUUAGGUGGUUGAUCUUUGAAUUAUUUUAUGUACAAGUGCCUCAAAAUUGAGAAAAAAGUUAUUAUUUUUUCUUAGUAGCAUUUAGACAUAGAUAAGUGAGAAGGUGCUGUUUAAAGAUGUAGAAGUGAGUAAGGAGGGAGAUCACAAUCCUGUACUGCUGAUGACACUGUAUUGUAAUCUGUUUACUUGUCUUUCUCUUUAUAGUUUUUUUAGGACGUGAACUCUAUCUUAUCCACCAUUGUAUCCCAAACACCUACAAUAGUGCUUGUAUCAAUAAAUAUUAAA